AUGCACGGCAGCGUAAGCGGAGGUGGUGGUGGAGGCAACGAAAGCGGAAAAAUACGCCGAUCUGCAACUGCAGCUAACGCCUCGAAAAUGCAGCAACGAGGGAGACCCAGCAUCGAAAUAUAUCGACCGCCUGGUGUUCGUGAGGAGCCGUUGAACAACACUAAGAGCGUUCCCCAAGCGGCUUCAUUCACGCAGUCGUACGUCGAUGCAAUGACAGCCUACCUGGCAGAUCAAGCGAGCGGUGCUGGAGCCGAAGUGGCUGCUCAGCUCCAUGCCCGAAGCCACUUUUCCACGGGAGCUGUUUCCGUCGGCACCCAUAAUGGCGGUGGCACGACCAUCGGCGUGGGCGUCAAGUCGGUGCACUUCUCCCCUUCAAAGAGCUCAAACUCUCUGAAGAGGUCGAAGAGCUUCGCCGCCCAAACGAACCAAGGAAGCGGCCACGGACACAGCCACCACACCCAACAACAGCAGGUGCUCAGCCAGGCUAUCCAGGCGCAGGACGAAAACGGUCACUCCAGCGCGGCUCUUAACGACCCUUUAGUAAAAAAAGCCCUCAGUGAUCCGAAUAUGUUGACUUUGAUGCAGAUAAUGGAAGUGGUUCGAUCGAUCUGUGGGAAAGCCACUGAGGGAAUUCAGCAUGCUGGCCCGUCUGCUCAGCUUUGCCUUUCAAUAAUCGAGAAGGAAAACGGAGUUACGUUCUUGGAGAGUUUGUUGAACAGUUGUCGUGAAUGGUAUAACGACAGGGACAAGCUCCUCAGGUCGCCUCAGGAAGGUUCUGCGAUACCGAAACGGUGGACUGCCUACGUGACGUUCGUCGCCGAACUCUAUUAUCGACUACGUCCCCAACGCCUUAUCACGCCGAGGGCGGUGACGUUAUGUACGCUAUUGUACGACUGCCUCGAGUUGCUGCUAAAGCCGACCUCGCUCAAGAACCCGACUGAACUUGAAUGUCUCCGAACUGUUCUGUCGGUCGUCGGUAAACAAAUCGAUGCUGACGCACCACAGAGAAUGAACAAUCUCGUGAAUCACAUGCGCGAUUCUUUCCUCGGAACCAUCUCAGCUAAUAACCAGCAGAUGCGAAAAAGUAUACUCGAAUUGAUCGAGCUCCGGGCCUCCUCCUGGCAAUUCGACCUCCAACAAUCCAUGUACUACUUUCCCUACACCAAAUAG